CUCAGAUCCUCAUUGGGGAGAAGAAACUAACGUCCGUGGGCUUGGCGUAGUCUUUGGCUGGAGCAAGGAGUUUGGGUAGCCAGCACAAAGUCACUACAAGGGCUGAUUCUGAAAACCCGGCAGAUCUGUAGCAGAGGAAAGUGAUCAGCCUGAAAACCCUGAAGAUCUGUAGCAGAGGAAAGUGAUCAGCCUGAAAACCCUGAAGAUCUGUAGCAGAGGAAAGUGAUCAGCCUGAAAUCUGUAAUAUCAAAGAUAAGUGAUCAACCUCCUGCCAUGUGACACACGUCUCCUUCACAUGACGCCCUGCUCUGCUUGCAGAAUGCCGGCCGGUUGGUCGGACACCCAAUCUCCUCUGAGGGAAUGUUAACCACACAUCGCUGUGCGAAGGCACUGCAGCUCACCCUCGCGGUGAUCAAGCCAGAUGCGAUGGCGCAUCCUCUCAUCUUAGAGGCCCUUCACCAGAGAAUCCUGGAGAACAACUUCAUCAUUGUCAGGUCCAAAGACCUGGUGUGGAGGAGACAGGACUCUGAGAAGUUCUACUCUGAACAUGCAGGACGGUUCUUCUACCAAAGACUGGUUGAGUUCAUGUCCAGUGGUCCGAUGCGGGCGUACGUCCUGGCUAGAGAGGACGCCAUCACCCACUGGAGAGAACUGAUGGGUCCUACCAAGGUGUUCAGGGCCCACUACACAUCGCCCUUAAGCAUCAGAGCCCAGUACGGACUCACUGACACCAGGAAUACCACACACGGCUCUGAUUCGGCAGAAUCGGCACGCAGGGAGAUCAGUUUCUUCUUCCCAGACUUCAGUCAGGAGACGUGGAUGGAGAGCGAGGAGCCGGGGUUCAGGAAGGGACGCAUGGAGUACGACCAGAAGAAACAGAUACACACGUUACCAGUUCACAGCUAACUGCUGAUCUAAGUACAUAUUUAAACAAAGAAGUGACUGGACCAUGGCCUGUAUUCAUAAAGCUGAAAGUGUAUGUAUGUAUGUGUGUGUGUAUAUAUAUGUGUAUAUAUAUGUGUAUGUGUG